UCUCGUUUCAUAUUCUUAUAUCGUCUCCAUGUGUAUUGCUGCAUUUAUUUGGCAAGCUCAUCCACUCUAUCCUCUUCUUCUGCUACAUAACAGAGAUGAAUACCACAACAGGCCUACAAAGGCAUUGGCAUGGUGGGAUGUUGAUGGCUAUGAGAUAUUGGGAGGAAGAGAUGAAGUUGCAGGAGGAACAUGGCUGGCAUGUUCCAGACAAGGUAGAGUAGCUUUCCUUACCAACGUGUGGGAGCUUCAUCACCUUCAGCGUACCAAGAGUCGCGGAGACCUGCCUUUACGUUUCUUGAAGAGCACAAAGAGCCCCAUGGAAUUUGCCGAGCAAAUGAUGGUGGAUGCUCAUCGAUACAAUGGAUUUAACCUCAUAGUGGCUGAUAUUCCAUCCAAAUCAAUGGUUUAUAUCUCCAAUAGGCCAAUAGGAGAACCCAUUACCAUUCAACUUGUCUCCCCAGGUCUUCAUGUACUUUCAAAUGCCAAGCUUGACUCACCCUGGCCUAAGGCUGUCCGAUUAGGUCAACGCUUCAAACAAAUGCUGAAUAAGUAUGGCAGAAAAGAAGUAAUGGUGAAAGAAAUGGUUGAGAAACUAAUGAAGGACAGAGUCAAAGCUGAUAAAAGCAAAUUACCAGGCAUUUGUGCUCUCGACUGGGAGUUCAACCAUAGCUCUAUAUUCGUUGAAGUGGACACCCCACGGGGGCUUUGUGGCACGAGGAGUACUGCAGCAUUGACCAUACGUGCUGGUGGGGAAGUUAGCUUUUAUGAUAAAUAUCUUGAAAAGGAUAUGUGGUUUGAGAGAACAAUCAACUAUCUCAUCCAGAAAAAAACUAGGGAUUGUACUACUCAACUUACUUAUUUGUGUAUGUUAUAAGCAUGUAAUGAUUUUAUU